AUGAGGCCGAAAAUCGUCUUCGAGUGUGCUAGGGUCGAUCCAAAUGUCCCAUAUGAAGACUCAAUAAGCUAUAUCGCAAAUUAUGCGAAAGCCGGUAAAAUUGAUGGCAUUACAAUUUCUGAAAUUGGUUCUAAAUCAAUUAAAAAGGCAGCAAGCACUUUCCCAAUAUCUUUUACUGAAGUGGAACUAUCCUUAAUGUGUCAAGACUUAAUUUCUAAUGGUGUUUUGAAAACCGCUUCUGAGCUUGGAAUUCCAAUUAUAGCAUAUUUUCCACUCUGCGGAGGUUAUUUAACAGACUCAGCUACUCAGAUGGGAACCAAUUUUUUGAAAGACGAACACAAAGGUGACGUAAGAAAUCAUUUAGUAAAGCUCCUGAAGGAGAAUAUCCCUCAGAAUAUGAAGUUAUUUAAAAAGCUAUAUGAAUUUUCUCGUUGUAAAGAAAACUUCUCUUGA